CCCAUUCCUACUCAUCUAYACAGUCGAAAACUUUGAACUCGAGAAGAGAAAAAAGACACGAGAAAAAUACCGGUAAUAUGGCUCCCAGUAAAGAUAGCCAUCAACUGAGCUCACAAUGGCAAACCUUGGAAGAAAAAGAAUCUCCGACAGAGAAAAUGAUGAGGAAAAGUAGAGAUCAACCGUUUAUUCCAAUCGGAAUAGUUGGGCUGGUUGGGGCAUGCGUGUGGGGUGCAAUAGCUUAUAGGCACAGAGGACCCAUGAGCACUAGUCGCUACUUGAUGAGACUAAGAGUUAUUGCACAAAGCUGUGUGGUGGGGUCUAUAAUGGUUGGCCUAGGUGUGACAGCCCUUCAAGAUUCAGGAAAAAAGGAAAAAUAGUUAAUAGAGAAACUGUUAUAUAUCUGCGUCAUAGCUAAUCACAGCUCAGAUGGCUCAUUUGCCUCUGCAGUGCAAGGAAUGUGGCCAGAAAAACUCACUACAGAUUGGUAUACAUUUGUAAUUUAGAGGUGAAACCCUACUAAAGGGUGAACUGUACAUUAGGCAUUGACCUAUGAUGAGAUAUAAUUCAAUGUCUUAAAGAUUUUAUGUGGUUAGUAACACAACUUGAUGUAACAAGAACUUUUAUUUAUCAAAAAGGAUUGUUUAAAAGUAAAAAUUAAUUUCUCAAAAAAGUGUAUAAAAGUAAUGCAAUUGUUGUGUAUUUAACUGCAUGAGAAAUGAAUAAUCAGGAAUAAUGUGUGAGGUUCAAAAUUAUCACCACUUUUAAUGUAUUCACAUACUUUUGUCCUGUUAGAUCAGAAAUAUGAGACUACUGCAACAGGGCUGUCAACCCCCGAGAUAUUCAAAUCUAGAGAAUUGAUAGGGAAGGGACAUGACGUCACAGCGCGUCAAAAAGCGUGCAAAAAGACAUCUUUUGCUUUCUAACAUUUGAUGUGAUUGGUUUAUUUCUGACCAAUCAGAUUAUCGCUUAUAUUACAAUGGCCUGCUUGCAAGAGAGUUUAUGAGGACUGUUUUGAUUUUGUUAGCGAUGUAAAAUAACACAAACRACAUGAAAUAAUUGGAAUUUUAUGGUUGUGAAAGUCUAGUCUCACAAGACAAGAAAUGGUCAGCUUCGGGGAUUAUCCAGGAGAUUUGAAACUCUAAUCUGGAGACUGGGAGACACGGUCCAAAAUCUGGAGACUCCCGGUUUAUCCGGGAGAGUUGACAGCCCCGUGCAAAUUAUGUGAUUGAAUAAUGGCUGAGAAGAAAAUAUGCAAAUAGAUUAUCAGUGCUCAUACUUUUGACUAUUGUGCUGUAACAGAAAUAAAGACAACUCUAGGGAAAGGUU